GACGGCCAUCUUUCAUACUUCUGUUGGUUAUACCAAAGAGGAUAGAAUGCACUAUGAUUACUGUCCAUCGGAACGUAAAUUUUUUAAUAUUUGUCCUGUAAGACAAAGCUAUGAUAAUAACCUAUGUGAAAAAUCAAAAUGGCGAACGGAGUUUUAUGGGGGUUGGUGUAGCUUGUGAUUAAUAACAAAGGCAAAUACUAGUUGGAAUAAAAUCAAGUGUAAAAAUUGUUAUCGGAGAAAUGUGGGAUUAUGCAAUUAAAUACUUGUAAUAAUAUAAGUGAACAUUACUUAUGAUAACUUCGUCGAAAUGGAUGAUGGUUUGAUGAUGAAUGCCCUGCAUUGGGACAUUAUUGAGCUUGCUGGGCAUCUUCGACAGGAAAGGCUGUUUGUGUCAUCCGAACAACAACAUUUACAAGGAUUAAAUGAGAAGGUAAUUAGUGGAUCAUGCAGGCUAGCACAAUUGGCAUGGGUUACAGCUCAACAACGAGACAACUUAAACCGUCUGAUUGUAGCCCAUCCUGAUUGCACACCAGCUGUUUGUUGUCGGAAGGCCAACACUCUUGACAGUACUGUCUUUGUGGAUGGAUACAAAGUAUUGGGUUUUCAGGAAUGUCUGGCAUAUGGGGAAUUUCUGCAAACACUGCGCACAUCACCUCAGCUUCUUGCAAGCUGCCUUGUUGCUGGUGAUCGUCUGCUUCCAGAUAUGAUGCAUGGAAUAGUUCAUUCUAUAAUGACAGGAUUGUUUGGUAGCAGUUUGCUACCAGAAGAUAAAUUGCUUGCUUUAAGGCUUCUGCGUUAUCUCACAGAGCUUCAACUUGUGCCCUCAGAAAAUCCACGCAGGCUUCUUCGUCAGAGGUCAUGUGCUUUCGCUCGCUUGUACGGUGAAUUUCAUGAAGGUCUGUUUUCUGCAAAGUUGUUCCUGACAGCUGCACUUCACAAGCCUAUCAUGCAGUUGCUGGUUGAGGAUGAAAUGUUUUUGGACAUAGAUCCAGAUAAGGCAACAAUCAGGUUUCCUCCUGAGGAACGCUUAAAGAAGUUUGGUCCCGAAGGAUCUCCUGAAUACAAUAUUCGACUACAGGAGUAUCGCAGGUGGACCAAUAAGCGUCUUGUAGCUAUUACAAACCGAUUUGUGCUAAGUCUGCGCAAUAACAUGCAUUGCUUUCCUACUGGUGUUCGUUGGCUUGUUUGCCAGAUAGCUGGAUUGCUGUCUAAAUCAGGGAAUAUUGAACCUAAAGAGGUAAAUGCAAUUUGCACAGAUUUGGUGUUCACAUAUUUUAUCUGUCCUGCAAUUGUUAAUCCAGAACCAUAUGGCAUAACAGAUGCCCCAAUCAGCUAUGUGUCUUGUUUUAAUCUUAUCCAAGUGGCCAAAAUUGUGCAGAUGUUGGCAAUGACCAAGUAUGAAGAUGUGGAUAGUAAAGUGUCAGAUCUUUACAAUUUGUUUGAGAAGGACUGUGUGUCCUCUCUACUGGAUGCAAUUCUGGAUGGAGCAACAGAUGGACUUGAGGAUGGACCUGUUAUUACUGUUUGUUCGAAACUGCAGGGGUUAUCACGGUCAGCAGCAUUAUUCACUGAGACUGAACUACAUCAAUUGGUGGUCUUCCUGCAGACUGUAUCUACAGAUGAAGAUGAGAGUCUGGAGGAGAAUAGGAAGCAGCUGACCACUUUACUAAUGCAGCUUCCUUUUGGAAACACCACAGUGAAUGGUCAUGUAACUGGUGGUGUGCUGAAGCCACAACAGCCAGCAACUCCUAGUACACCUCGAAAGAGUGCAGGAUUGUUAGGAAUAGUUGGAAAGGGCCGGGUGGCACGUACCUCAUCAUCUCCUGCGUCUUCUACAACUGUGGAGGGGACAGAAGAGAGUAUUGGAGGAGAAGAAGAUAAUGGGGAACGUGGGAGCCAGGAUGUACUUGUCAUACCCUUCACACCAAAUGUUGGUGAGAGUGUGGGUCUCAUUGCUGAACAGAAAAUACUAUGCAUGGAAGAGCAUUCAUCAUGUGCAGAGGCACGAGUGCGUGUAAAUUUACCUGACAGUCAAGAAGAGCGCAGUGGGGGUGAAGGUGGAAAUGUGGGUGAAAGAGUAGAGAGUCAAGAGAAGCGAACUCGAUUUUCUUUGUCACACGAUGAAGGCUCUAUUGGCAAUGCUAGUGAUAACCUUGAAGCUGUCUCAGAAGCUGCAUCAAAUCACAGUGUUGCAUCAUCUCUAGAACUUGAGAAUGAUCAGAAUGACAAUCUGUCUGACAUGGUUUCAGCAAAUGUAUCAGGUAGAGGAACACCAAAUAUUUCAGGCCGGGACACUCCUUCUUCUCAAAUAACUGAAGGUGAAGAAGGGCCUGGUGGAGUUCUUAGAGGUCCAGCUGGAGAACCUCGCCAGCCAUUGGACUUCCCUCCUCCACCUCCUAACAAGCAGAGUCGUUCUGACAUUGAUGACAAAUUUGGAAAAUUUGAGAUUAAGAAGUUGCUGGAAGGAGAUGAGACUGUCUCAAUGGUGAGCGAUACUUGGAGUACAGAUGUCCUGGCAAGUGACAGUGAGACUGUGGAGCAAAGCAGUGAGCGUAACUUUCCUACUAAUACAACUGAUGGUGCAGUAAAUCAGCUUGCUGAAACCCAAUUGCUGGAUGUGUCAGAGACAGCUUCGGAAGCAUGGAGUACAGAUGUCUUGGCAUCAGACUCAGAACGGCUUACAGAAGUGGAUACAGAUGACACAGGCAGUGUUGCCAGAUCAGAUGAUACAGCCCGCUCUGAAGUGGAGGUUGAAGGACGGGGUGAACCAGAGGGUGGGGAAGAUGCUACUACAUCUACAGCACCAUUGGGUGUCAACUUGGGGUUUCGGCCGAUUCGUGAGGAUCCUGUGGGACGAGCAUCCUUCUUGGCACCUUCAUCACCCACUAGGGUAGAAGGAGGAUCACACCCAGCAUGGAAUGUAACAGGUCGUGGUGGUGGUAAAGCAGACUAUCGUCGGCGUACUGUUGAAUACGUGGCCAACAAUCCAGCACAUCGCAGCCAUGUCCCCAUAGAUUUUAACAAACAUGGUUGUCAGAGCACAACAGAAGAAACUCGACUGAUCCAUGUGAUUGAUAAGAUAGACAAACCACUGGACUUGAAACCAGCAGUGGUUGCUGCAAGUCAGGCAAGUGUGAGCAUCGUUCACAUCCCAGGUUCUGUGACACUGCCAGUCCUUCAUAAUGGUCACAAUGCAUCAACAGCACAUCUACCACAGAAUGGUGAACUAGAUCCGUCACAUCCGCCGCCGCUGCUCUCUAGUCAUGUGGCUACAAACACUGUACCUAUGGUACAUAUUCAGGCCAAUCAUGCUUCAGCACAGAGUAUUGGAGUCACCAGUCACAUUCACCCACAUUUGCCAUCAACUGCACAUCAUGUAGGAGAUGGAAGUACUGCAAAUGCAGAUGCUGAUCAGAAACCAGAGAUCCAUGGUGAAGAAGAGGCUGACAGAGACAGUGUUGGAGAUAUAAUUCCUAGUGUUGUACGACUCAGUUCAACCAGUCUGGCCUCAACAAGUAGCAGUGGCAGUGGUUCUGACCCCAGGCCAAAGACUGUGACUCCUACUCCAGACUUGCCACUUACUCCUACUACUUUGGUUUUAAAUGGUCAUGCCAUGAUGGCAGAUGGAGAGGUCACUGUGACAAAACCACAGUCUGCAGGUUCUUCCACAGGAGCAAUUCCUAAGAGCAUUAGCUUUGACAAGACUGCUGAACGAGGAGAUAAGGAUCUCCUUGAUGAUGAUCAGAAGCAUAAGCGGGGUUUUUUCAGGAACUUCAAGUUGUCUUUCAAGAGUCGUAGAGUCAAGUCACUGCGAGGAUCUGAUGAUUUCGGUAAUCGAUGUUAUGAAGCUUCUUUAACUGCAAGUGAUGGGGAUGUUUCUCAUUUACGACUCAGGAGGGGAAUGUCGGAGGAUGUGCGUUCGACACACAACUGUAAUGAUACAACCGAAGACAUUCUUGCCAAAUAUCGCCGCAAGCCUAGUGCAGGUGGAGACUCGACAGUUUCUGAACCUGGUACAGAGUUGAAGGCACCACAACUAGUAGGUGAGGUUGAGGAUGAAAGAUUAAGGAUGGACCCAACCAACAUCGAAUCGUCAUAUGCAUUUAUUGAUGCCAAACGCAAACUGCGUAUGGUGCUGAGCACAGCAGAUCUGCAGCAUGUUCCCUGGGCUACAGAUGCUAGCACCCAUAUGAGGGAAUCUCGGGUACAGAAGGAGAAUGAGUUGGUCUCAUUUCUCCGGUUGCAGUUAGCAGAAGCUAUCAAUCUUCAAGACCGCUCACUUAUUGCACAUUUACAUGAGACACUGCGGUGCAUCCAGCUCUUUGAUGAUAGUGGCUGCCAGAAGCUUUUUAAGUCCCUAAAGGAAGAUUACCAAAAACGGUCUCCAUACAUUGCCUACCUAGUGAGGUGUCGACAGGGACUGCUAUCAACCUUAGCACAUUUAGAAAGGCUGACUGAGAGAUUGAAAUGUGACCGCCAGGUGUGCAGCCGAUUCUUGGUAGCUGUAUGUGUAACAAUGUUUCUAGAGAAGAGAGAAGAGAUACUUGGCAGUUUCACUGUUGAGUUUCAACAAUUGACCCUUGCUGAUGAGAAAACAGAUUUGCUGGAUAACUUUUUGCACACACUUUCACUUGAAAUGGACAAAGACCCAACAUGGCAAGCUGCAAGCAGUACACAGUUAGAACAGGCACGCACUGCAGUUGAGCGGGCAGUAAUCAGUCGUGUGUAUACUCAUGCCCUUUAUCCAAAUGGUGAUGGAGAUGUGUCCAGAGAUCAGGUUCUUUAUGAACACAUGAAGAAGCUUUCUAAUGUAAUCACACCCAAUCAUAAAGAUCUUCGUAUUCCCAAGGUGUUUCAUUACGAAUGCCCAUGGCCAUCAGCACAGGCAGAAAUAUCAGCAAUGGCUGCUUACAAAACACCAUGUGAUAAGCUUCAGUGUGUUUUCCGCUGUGCCACAACUAUAAUGAAUUUGCUGUCCAUGGCCAGUGGGCGAGGAGUGCCAGCUGCAGAUGAUUUUGUGCCUGUACUAGUCUAUGUUCUUAUUAAGGCAAAUCCACCUUCACUGCUGUCAACUGUUCAGUAUGUAAACAGUUUCUAUGGGAAUCGCUUGAAAGGGGAAGAACAGUAUUGGUGGAUUCAGUUCUGUUCAGCCAUUGAAUUUAUCAAGACAAUGGACUACAGUGAUUGAAUUAUGUUAUUUCCUUACUGCAAUAGCGUAGAGAAAUAGUGAAAUGCUGUUUGGAUGUCCCAUUGAACUUGAGACCUUUAUACUACUGAGUCCUCCAAUAGUUUCUUUCCAAGAAUUCAGGAAACUAGAUUUUCUGAAAAAUCAUUUAUUUAAUUAAAAGGAAGAAAGGAAGUGCUUAAGAAAGGUUGUUAAGUUUUCUCAACGUUUCCCAUGAAUUUGGCCUGCAUUUGGAGUGGAAAGUGGGGGCCUUUGUUUAAUGAAACAAAAACAUUGUUUUAUGAAACUAUUUAUGUUAUUGUUACAUGGUUUCAGAAUUCUUCAGUUACCAUUAUCAUCAUCAUUACAUUUGUUAUUUUAUAAACAUACCUAUCAGUAAACUAACACUGUAUUUACUUUCAUUUGGAUUAAGAAGUAUGUAUCGCAAGAUGUAAAGAGAGUAACUUUUGCUUAUUUUGUCUCUUGUGUAUAUAUUUUACUGUGCACUGGUGCUUUUCUGAUUUUUCUAGAAAUCCAUCUGUAGUGCAUGCUGUACAUAAUUAAGUAUCUCUAAAACAAUUGCAUGUGGAUUGAAGAUACUCAUUGUGUACAAAAGUUUGUUAAGAGAUUAUAUUUUGUACAAAGAUUGCAUGUACAUUAGUUACAUAAAUGUGUAAUUGCCAAAUCAAAAUUUCUGUUACUUCUGAUGGUGUGUAUUUUUCAUGUUUCAUACUGAUAGCUCAAUGAUGAUGAACAUUCCUGCCAGUGUUGGGGAAAAAAUCUGUGAUGGCAAUUUGCAAAGCUAUAUUGCGCAAACACCAUGUUUUCUUUUCUUGUACAUAAUAGAAUCUAGGAAUGUCUGCUUAAGUUAUGAAUGACAGAAAUAGAAGAAAUGGAGCAUACAUAUGUAUAUGAAAUGAUACAAUGUUUGAUAGAUACUCUUGGCCCACCCAAAUGUGUUAGGAAGAUGAUAUGAAAGUCAGUCCAGUAUCUUUGUACUUUUGUCUGCUCAUUUUUGUGUGUUUAUCAUUUGUGAGCUAUAGCUGAAUAUGGAUCAGAAUAUGUAGAAUUGAUAUGACUGGCAUUUUUAUAAACAUACAUUUAUGGAGUUAAGUAUUGCAUGUACAUUGUGUUGUAGAAAGAGAUUGAAGUGAUUCAGUGAGUUCCCUGCUUCUCAUAAAAUUCAGUAUUUUAGUGCUGGUCUGUUUUCUUCACAGUCUUAUUUGUUGUGGUAGCUUUUUGUACAUUGUAUCAUCUUGCCUUUAUUAUUGAAUUAACUACCAUACAUGACAUACUAGUAUGCAUAAUUUUUGAUUUGCAGUAAGUUCCAUGGGUUCCUGAGUAUUGUUUCAUUCAUAGGUGUGUGGGUUGGGUUAUGCAUGAUGCCAGAUCUUGCACGAUUUUUAAUUUCAAAUAUGAACUGAAAUAACUGAGGACAAAUAUUCUUUGGAUCAGGUGGGUGGGGACAUGUAGCAUGCAUGGGAGAGAUGAGAAAUGCAUACAUUUCAGUUAGGAAACUGGAGAGAAGUUGCCACUAAGGAGACCUAGGAGCAGGUGGAAGUGUAAUAUUAAAAUGUAUCUUAGAGAAGUAGGUUGUAACAGUGUUCCCUGGAUCUGUCUGACUCAGGAUAGGGAUACAUUUCAAACUCUUGAACACAGUAAUGAACAUUUGGGUUCUAUUAAAGAUGGGAAAUUGACUGACAGUGACUUUGCUGCUUAAGAAGUACUCUGCCCCAUGGUGUUUAAUUACACAGAAUUACCACAUCUCCAACAGUAACCUCAUGUUAUGCGUUUACAGGUAAAGCUGCACAUGCAAUUUGUUAUUCAUACAUGAUGUAGUCAAACCUUGGAAAGGUCCAAGAAGGUGCAUAUAAAAAUAAUUUCCUUUAAUGCAUUUAGAUCCGGGUGUAACACUGCAAGUUCCUUUUGUGUUCUAGUUUUGUUUAAAAAAAUAAUAUUGUUGUAUUGUACUUUAAUAAGUAUUCUGUUAUCAUUUAACUGCAUUAAUUAUUUUACUAUUCCAUAUUGCAGAUGUAUUUCAAUUAUACUGAAUUGUCAUUAGUCAUACAGUUUGCAUGUCAGUUACCCUAUUACAUUUUCUUAAUUAGAUGUUACAAGAGUUGUGAAUUUUUAAACUCAUGGAAGGUAUUUAAUAUUUUAAAACAUGUAAUUAAGGAAGAGUAAGAAGGUAAUAUUAUUAAACUGCACUAGCAUUCUAUUUAGUAGAUAAUGAAGCACCUUACCCAAGGUUUAGUCAGAUCAGAACCAUUUACUGUGGUGCUUAAGCAGAAGGGAUGUAUUAUUAUGUGGGAAUGCAGCACUUGGUAAAAUACUACCGUAAUUACAGAUUUUUGUUAUUAACCUACAUUUCUACAAAAUAAUUUAACUUGAGUGAAGUGGUAACACUUCUGAAUAGCAUUUUGGAGGACCCCAGUUAAUAUCUCAGCAAGGACACUGAAGUUUGUCAUUAGAUUGCUGUCUUCUGGGUUAUGGCACCAUGUAGUCUGGAUGAAGGAGGCAACAAGGACCUAUGAAACGUUGGUUAAAGUUCUACCAGACUGCAUGGUGCUACAACCCAGAAGAGAGCUAAAUACUACUGAAGUUGCCAUUGCUUUUUCUCAGCCACUUCUUAUUACUCCCAGGACAGUACCUUAGAAUAAAUGUUAACCAUACUAUCAUGUUCACCAGGCAUUACCAUCUUCUCAAGUCAUUUGACACUAAGCAUCCACUGUAGUUUAUACAGUGUCAUUAUGUAAGAUACAAUAGAUUUCCUUUUCUCACCUUGCUUAACUCUGCUCAUUGGGAAGACCAUAACCUGCAGAUUUUUACUAUUAAGCUGACCAAAGGGAAGGAGUGAUAGUGAUUUGGUUGGUUAUAGAUAUAACACAAAUUACACACAACAGUUAGCUUUGUGCAGUUUAGUAUAGACCUUGACAUACAUUACAAUAUGAAAAAAGAUUCACAUCAUUUUCUCUUGAAAGGGAAAUAAUUCAGUUUAUUUGAAAUUUAUUUACUGUGCCUGAAUGUGUCAUUUGUGAUUGCUUAUUCUUAAUUUGUGGGUUAAUUAUCAGUUCAGAAAUCUAAAUAAUUAAUUUAUAAAUAACUGCAUAUGUGCAUGAAAUCUGUGUAGCCAUUGGAGUCUCUAUCUCUUUUCUUCUUCUUCCAUUCACCUCACACAUUGUUAAUUUUAAUCAGUAUUAUUAAUGUUAUGACUUGCCAUUUGUACUUCACAUGCCAGCAUUAGCUGACCUUGUAUAUAUGAUUAACAAUUUACACAGUGUGCCUGUAUAUGUCUUCCUAUUUCUGCAAAACAGUAUAUUGCAACAUACAAGGACACCCUUACACUGCAGCAUCAAGGUUACUAGUUUAUGGUGAAUGUAAAUAAAAAAACACCAGUUUGUCUUUUUAAUACUGUUUGUAUUGUGACAUUUUCUGCCUUUUUUCUUUUUCUUCUUCUUCCCCCAGUUGAAUGGAAUUAUACAUAGUAUAUAUGAAUGGAGAAAGCAUCCUUCCUUUGCCCGUGCAUUUCUGAAAAUGAAUUAUACUGAAAUUGCUUAUUUAUUAUAACAGUCUUAUAAAUAUACAUUUUAAUUGACCAGUUUUCUAGUGGUUACUGCAUUAAUACCUCAUUCUGAUUGAUUUAUGAAUUAGAUGAUUUCCAAGCAACAAAAAUAGAGGUGAACACAGAUUUCUUUUGCAUUCAAAGCAUGUUGUACUAUCCUAGAAACCACAUCCAGGAUGGAAAGAAAAAUGGAUAAUAUAAAUGUGAUUGGAUUUUAUAAAAGGAUUUAUAAUUAUGCCAGCACUAAGUAUUGUUACAUGUUACAGCAGUUAUUUUUAUUUUAUGUUCCUUCUGAAACUGGCUGCCAGCCUACUGGUUAGAUCAACAAGCUGCAAAAUACUUGUGUUAUUAGCUAAUUAUAUUUUUAAAAUUUUUAUGGAAAUGUGGAGAGGUUAUUUUUAUGGCAGGUGUAUACUUGUUGGCAUACAGUCAUCUUCCCGCAGCUGUGAAGAUGCUGUGAUCCACAGAAGAUGGAAUUCACACACAUUCUGUCACAGAUUUUUAAGAUGUUUUGAAAAAUUAUAAUUUUAUUUAUUACUUGGAAUACAAAACAUUUUGUGUAAUUUCUUAUAGAAACAUUAGUAAAAGCUUUUUGUACUGUUAUCACAGUUACCACUUCUGUUUUAUAUCCUUGAGGCUCUGGGUUUGAAUCUUGGUCAGGAGACAAACUCUCCUGACUGAUGUUUUGCAUGGUUUUCUUCUGUCCCUCCAUGAGCAUUUUAAAAUACACUGCAGGCACUUACACAUCAUUCCUGAAUCAUAAUUCACAUUCAUCCUGUAAUUCAGUGUAAUUAUAUAACCCACACAGUUAAGAAAGCAUAUUAAAUGAUGUUUCAUUUAUUGAUGAUCAUGGCAGUAUGAUUUAGGUGUUUAAAUUCAGACUUAAUCAGAUCUGUUUUAUGAUAAGUAUUCAUUUUUAUUGCAGUGUAAUUGUAUGAUUUAUCUCUCUGCAUCUCAGGUAUAACCAUCUUGUAAAUCUAAGCAGGAAUCAGAAAUUUUGCAGUACCUUUAGCAGGAGAAGUCACCAUGUGUUUUUUUUGCAGUACCUUAAGUGCUACUUAAUUAUUCUGCAAAGGCCAAAGGAGUUGAACAAAUGAGAUAUGUUUAUUGUAGUGUGGUGUAGCCCUUAAGGAUGCAUCUGUAAGGAGUACAUUCACUUAGCAGACGAAACAGCAUACUGAAGUAACAAAUUGCAACUGUGGAAACAUGCACUGUAUUUAUAAAUUUAGGUGAGAAUAAAGGACACCAUAAUUAACAACAACUUAACACUAGCAUGAUAUUAUUUAAGGGAUUUGUUUUAGAAGCAUCAAGAACGUAUACACAAAUGCUCCCAUUCAACGUAUAGUACAGAAACUAUGUAAAUUAAAAUGAAGCACAGUUGAAUACUGUAAAGAUGUGAACCAUGCAAGUCUGUUAAAUCAUAAUGAAAUACAAGAUUUUUGGAGCUAUACUUCUGUGUAAAGUUAUAUGUAUUGUUGUGUGAUAAUUGGCAAAAUAAGUGCCUAUUCUUAGUAUCUCUCAAGCUAUUGUAUAUGUCCAUUGUAGUAGUUAUAAUUCAGAUGCUUUCCGUAACAUUUUACAGACAUUACAAUACACUGAUUUAUAUGUAAAACAUUUUUAAAUGAUUCAUGUAUGAAGUGUAUAAUGCACCAGUACUGUAUAAGCAUAAAAAUUUAGUGCUGCUUUCUGUAUGUUACACUGCAAGGUACAUGUUUACCUCUUGAAAACUGCUUCUUCCUUCAGUAAAAGUUUGUAGUUUAUUAUCAGUUUUUAUUUUCAAUAUUUGACCAUGAUCUCAAGAUUUAAUGUUUGAUUCUGCAGUAAUAUAUUAAAGUACAUUUAGAUACACUGUUAUAUAAUAACCAUGAUUUUCAAGCAUGAUACUUUUGUUUGAAUUGUGUUAUACUCAUUCUUUUCUAAGAACUUGAAUAGAAUUAAUUUUUUGUAGAUGCUAAUUUCUUAAAGCUUGUGAGCACUUUGGCUGCAGAUCCAUACAUGUAGGAGGAACAGUUGAACAUGAUAAUAUGAGAACAAAGUAUUUUUUUAAAAAUCUAGAGUGCUGUUACAAAUUAUAUUUAGUGUACAGUAAUAACAUUAAGGAUAUAUAUAUAUAUACACAUACAUAACUAAAUAUAUGGGUUCCUUAUUUGAUGUGGAAUAAAUAUGCACAUUUUAUUGCUGGCACUGUGAA